AUGCAGCUCAAGAGCCUCUUCGUCAUCUUGGCCACUAGCCUCAUGUCCAUGGUCGCGGCCGACGCCUUAGGCGAUGAGACCACAACGAGCACCUCCACAAUGACCAAGACGGUCACCAUCACCUCUUGCAAUCCCACCGUCACCGAUUGCCCGGCUCGCACUUCCACCUCGGCCCCGGUAUAUCCCUUGUCGAACUCGACCUCCUCCGCCGGCCCUACCGCCUACAGCAACUCUACCAGCAGCUUUGUCAUCUACACGUCCUCGCCUGCGCCAACUGGGACUCCAGGUGGAUCGUCCACCCCAACUAAGUCGACGACAGCCACUUCGUCGCUCGCGACUGGCGGUGCUGGCAGUCUCUUUGUCCAGUCUGGACUUUUGCUCAGUGUUCUAGGCGCCGGGGUGGCUUUCCUGGCAUAA